CUCGUUACUCAUUCUUUUGUAAAUACGGAUUUUGAAAAAUGAGUUAUCGAUACAUGGGCGAAAACCUGCAGAGUUUCAGCCCUUUCUCUGCUCCGUUACGAAACCCUCCGGAAAUGGCGUCGCCAGUUUCAUCUCGUAAAGGUCUCGGCGGAAUCAUGCAAAUGCAACCAACACCAACACCAACACAAAUGAAGAAAACCAAAGUAGGUUUCUUUGGUGAUCGGCUUGAUGACAUGGAAGACGACAUGGGAUUGGGAGGUAGUGCAUACUUUGGGCAGUCGAUGAUGCCUUUGAGAGAGAAAGAACUGUUUUCUCGGUUUGGAGGAGGAGGAGGAAUGUACGGAGGAGCAACAGCUGGACCACAAACACAGGGAAUGUACAGCUCAGGCUUUGGACUAGGGAGUACGACAGUAUCCGGGUCUCAGUAUUCCAACCCUGUGCGGUCAUCACAGUUUCCUACUCGAUCGUUUAGCUCAUCAAGCAGCUCUGGUAAUUUGUCAGGCUUGCAGACACCAAUGAGCAGUGGUCCACCUGGAGCACCAGGAUCACCGGCAAUCAGUCGCAAUGGAUUUGCAAUGGGCAGCCAUGGGCUUUUGUCGCAGGGAUUUUCGUCAGCUCCUGGACAGUUUGGCUCAGUUGCCACACCAGGUGUGAUGUCUAACAACAGAACUGGACUUGGAGGUCUUGGGAUGAUGAGCAGCAUGAGUGGGAGCGGAAGCAACUUGGCAAUUGGGAGUAAACACAACAGACCGCCUCACAUUCCUCUUGGAUUAGGAGGGACCACCAAUGGCAUGAGUAACACACUGGGAUUGUCCAGCAUCUACAGCUCAUCCAGACCCAGCCAAGGAAUGAUGAGCCCAAACUUUCCAAUGGGUGACACGACGUCACCACCUAAUCAGUCAAUGACAUUUAAUAUGUCUGAUUUUCCUGCAUUGUCACAACAACGUGGCAUUGGUGGUAAUUCGACGUCGUUGAUCAGUGGAAGUAGCAGCGGGUUUUCUUCAGCGAUGCCGAUGCCGAUGAGAAGCAGCUAUGCAGGAUUUGUGACGAAGCCACCAGAGCAGCCGCAAGAGUUUCAAAUGCAUCACGAAGAUUUUCCGGCUUUACCAGGAGCAACUCAUGCGAACCAAUCUACAGAGACGUCGGGGAAUGAAGUUGCAAUAUCAGAAAGCAACAAAUUGCCUUUCCACAUUCCAUCCUCACUCUCCAGCUCGUUUGGAUUACCGGAUUCACGAGCUCCUGGGUCUGCGAUUGACAUUCGAGAUAAUGGCUCAAGACCGGCUCCAGUGGGUGGAGUCAUUGGACAGAAGCCUAUAGCAUCUAGACUGAUGCAGCAGUCGAGACAGCCUGGACCACCAUCGCAGCAGUUGACACAGCAGUCGUCACAGCAACCAGCACAGACGCCAGUAAACCAGCCAGGCUCUGUCACUCUUCCAGCCGGCAUGGUCACAGAUCAGUUUGGCAUGUUGGGAUUGCUAACAUUCAUUCGUGCUGCAGAGACUGAUCCAGAUCUUGUGUCACUGGCACUUGGAAGUGAUCUAACGACUCUUGGGCUAAAUCUGAAUUCACCAGAAAACUUGUAUUCUACGUUUGCAUCACCAUUUGCGGAAGCGCCACUGAGACCAAAAGAUAUGGACUACUCGGUUCCUCCAGAAUAUUUAACAAAUGCGUACAUAAGAGACAAGCUGCCACCGCCAAACAAAUUGAAUCGUUAUCCAGAUGAUUUACUGUUCUAUCUCUAUUACAAUAAUGGAGGAGAUCUGUUUCAAUUAGCUGUAACAGCAGAAUUAUACGCUCGUGACUGGAGAUACCAUAAAGAGGAACGAAUAUGGAUAACUCGCAUGCCUGGAAUAGAGCCAGCAAUGAAGACAACAGCAUAUGAACGAGGCACAUACUACUUCUUUGAUUGUCAGAACUGGCGCAAAGCAGCAAAGGAGUUUCAUCUCGAUUACGACAAACUGGAAGACAGACCCAUUCUGCCUUCAUUGGGGCCAGCAGCAGUGACUCCAGUGGGCGUCGUGGCUUAGUUGGCAUCGUGGUUUACUAGUAGACAGUAGUGUAUUGUUUCUUCUGUGUUAUGAUAUGGAGCAAUCCGAUGUAAUUAAUACGUAAUGUUGACUUCCUGUGUAGACAAAGUUUAUUGCAGAAUUUUGGUGAUUUUGUUAUUUUUGUUUGAAUGUAUGCUGCUCUGCAGCUCAUAAUACACACAUAGGUUUGAACGUUGAUA